GGCCGAAGCGCCGUUAACGGUCUGCCGGGCGGCCCGACGGGGAGGCGGGCGGCGGGCGCGACUCCGGCCGCCGAGGCAGCUGCCCAAGCGCCGCCACCUCGGGACGUGGACGCUCCCCGGGAGGCGUCACUGCCCCACACUUGUGCCUCCGAAAAAGGAGGCGGGUUCCCCGCAACAGCUGUUUCCUCUCUGCUCCUGUGCGUUGCCAUUUCGGUUUAAAUGUCUAGAUAGAGUGACGGGGUGGCGGAGGAGCCUUCCCCUUUACCACGUGAGCGCCUGGAAACGCGCCCCGGACUCACCACAAACGACUCCCUUUCGCCCGAACCCCGCUCGAGGUCGGGGGGCAGCGAAGCCGCGCAGAAGCCGCCCUGUCCCGGGGCGGGCUCCCCGCAGAGGGGGCGGGCUCGGUCGGUGCGGUUCACCGACGCCGUUUCCCGGGAGCGCCCGGCUGUGCGCUGUGCGCUGUGCGGAAGGUCGCCUUUUCAUUUAUUUUCUGUGCUCUGUGCCGUGUAAUUCUCUGAUGACAGUUUGAAGUCUGGGGAGGAGUGCCAGUCAGGUGCGUUGAGUUCCUCGCCGCCGUUUAGACUCAGAUCUGCCAGGUUUGCAGGCGCCGCUCUGGAGGACCUCGGCAAGGCCUGGAAGAGAAGAAUCCUCUCUGUUUUCUAAACAGACUGCAAAUGGUGUGUGUGUGUAUCAUGAACCGAAUGAGCGCCCAGAGCAGUGGCUUCACGCAGCGCCGGCGAAUGGCCCUGGGCAUCGUCAUUCUCCUCCUCGUGGAUGUGAUCUGGGUCGCAUCCUCAGAACUCACUUCGUAUGUUUUUACUCAGUACAAUAAACCAUUCUUCAGCACCUUUGCAAAAACGUCGAUGUUUGUUCUGUACCUUUUGGGCUUUAUUAUUUGGAAGCCAUGGAGACAACAGUGUACAAGAGGAUUUCGAGGAAAGCAUGCUGCUUUUUUUGCAGAUGCUGAAGGUUAUUUUGCUGCUUGCACAACAGAUACAACUAUGAAUAGCUCUUUGAGUGAACCUCUGUAUGUUCCUGUGAAAUUUCAUGAUCUUCCCAGUGAAAAACCUGAGAACACAAAUAUUGAUACUGAAAAAACUCCCAAAAAGUCUCGUGUAAGGUUCAGUAAUAUCAUGGAGAUUCGACAGCUUCCAUCAAGCCAUGCAUUGGAAGCUAAGUUGUCUCGCAUGUCAUAUCCUACUGUGAAAGAACAAGAAUCCAUACUCAAAACUGUGGGGAAACUUACUGCAACUCAAGUAGCAAAAAUUAGCUUUUUUUUUUGCUUUGUGUGGUUUUUGGCAAAUUUGUCAUAUCAAGAAGCACUUUCAGACACACAAGUUGCCAUUGUUAACAUUUUGUCCUCAACUUCUGGACUUUUUACCUUAAUCCUUGCUGCAGUAUUUCCAAGUAACAGUGGAGAUAGAUUUACUCUUUCUAAAUUAUUAGCUGUAAUUUUAAGCAUUGGAGGUGUUGUGCUGGUAAACCUGUCGGGGUCUGAAAAAUCUGCUGGAAGAAAUACGAUAGGUUCCAUUUGGUCUCUUGCUGGAGCCAUGCUCUAUGCUGUCUAUAUUGUUAUGAUUAAGAGAAAAGUAGACAGAGAAGAUAAGUUGGAUAUUCCGAUGUUCUUUGGUUUUGUAGGACUGUUUAAUCUGCUGCUCUUAUGGCCAGGUUUCUUUUUACUUCAUUAUACUGGAUUUGAGGACUUUGAAUUUCCCAAUAAAGUAGUAUUAAUGUGCAUUAUCAUUAAUGGCCUUAUUGGAACAGUUCUCUCAGAGUUCCUGUGGUUGUGGGGCUGCUUUCUUACCUCAUCAUUGAUAGGCACACUUGCACUAAGCCUUACAAUACCUCUGUCUAUAAUAGCUGACAUGUGUAUGCAAAAGGUGCAGUUUUCUUGGUUAUUUUUUGCAGGCGCUAUCCCUGUAUUUUUUUCAUUUUUUAUUGUAACUCUCCUAUGCCAUUAUAAUAAUUGGGAUCCUGUGAUGGUGGGAAUCAGAAGAAUCUUUGCCUUUAUAUGCAGAAAACAUCGAAUUCAGAGCUUGACAAUGGAACAUUAUAUAGCGAAGAGACAAUCUCUGGCAAGGUUUUGGAGAAAAAUGUUUCAGUGCCUACUCUGAAAAAUAACAUUUUCAGUUCUUUGGAACUCUAAAAUAUAUUUUCCUCAUAUUGGUGUUCUUCAUUUUCAUAAUGAAGUUCUUUGCUAUAUAGCUGUGUACACGUCACUACAGUUAUAGGAAGUUUCAGUCCACAGUCUGUCUAAAGGACCACCUGCCUUAUACAUCUCAAGGAAUUCAGCUGAUGAAAUAAUCUGAACUAAUCAAGGGAUAAAAUCCUAAUGUCUGGAGAUUUUAUCUUCACCUAUUAUUUGUUAAAUGCUGGACUGUAUUAUGAAAAUGUUUUCAAGAAAUUGUUUAGUAUGUAGAUCAAUGUUUGUAUAGGUAAAAUGCUAAAUUAAGCUGCCUAUAAUAGGUACAGAUUAUAUUUCUGAGUUUUGUAGAAUAUUGCAAAUUAACAAAAAAAAUGUUCAAUUUAUGUGACAAGUAUAUUUACACAAAUUUGGUUAGACUUCAGAAAGGAUAUUUGAGAUAAGAUCUGGUUCACUUACACUACAUAUACUGUGUUAUCCUUUCAUAGCAUUAGGUGCCUUGUAUUUUAAAUCUGUGACAAACCAUGACAAAUUUUUAAAGGGGAAAUAUUGUAAAAUGAAGAAUCAUGUAUUUCUAAAGCCUGUAUUGCUGUAAAUUUAAUUGAUAAAGCUCUGCUUAAUUUAGAGUUUUGAAGAAAUAUUCUCUCUUCAAUUAAGACAUUUUCAUAAUGGAAUGACUUAAAUUGAAGUGAUAAGAGUAUUAUGAAAAUAAAGUGUUUAUAUAUAUGUGUGUAUUAUAGAUCUGUCAGUUGGUUUCUGAUUUUUUUUUUCACAUAAAAAUGUGCCACAUUA